AUGCAGAGAAAGAACUUCACAGAAGUGACAGAAUUCGUCUUCUUGGGAUUCUCUAGUUUCGGAAAGCAUCAGAUAACCCUCUUCAUGGUUUUUCUAACCAUCUACAUUAUUAAAAUGUAGAUUAAGCUAGCUGGUAACAUCAUAAUUGCGACCAUCAUCCGCAUUGACCACCAUCUCCACACACCAAUGUAUUUCUUCCUGAGCAUGUUGGCUAGUUCAGUGACGGUGUACACACUGGUCAUUGUCCCGCAAAUGCUUUCCAGUCUCAUUUUUCAUAAUCAGACCAUCUCCUUGGCAGGUUGUACAACCCAAAUGUUCUUUUUUGUCAUCUUGGUCAUUAACAAUUGUUUCCUGCUCAAUGUGAUGAGCUAUGGCCGCUACGUGGCCAUCAGCAAGCCCCUGAGAUACAUGACCAUCAUGAGCAGAGGACUAUGUACCCAGCUGGUGUGUGGAUCUUUUGGCACUGGUCUGGUUAUGGCGGUUCUCCAUGUGACAGCCAUGCUCAGUGUGCCCUUUUGUGACACCAUAGCGGACCACUUCUUCUGUGCCAUCUACCCAGUGAUGAAACUUUCUUGCAUUGAUACCACUAUCAAUGAGAUAAUCAAUUAGGUUGUAAGUUCAUUUGUGAUUUUUGUGCCCAUAUGCUUGAUUUUUAUCUCCUAUACCCUCAUCAUCUCCUCCAUCCUUAAGAUUGCCUUUGCUGGGGGACGGAAAAAGACUUUUGGCACCUGUGCCUCCCACCUCACCGUGGUCAUUGUCCACUAUGGCUGUGCCCCCAUUGCCUACCUCAAGCCCAAAUCAGAAAGCUCAGUAGAAAAAGAUCUUCUAAAUCUUCUUAUCUCUGUAACCUACACCAUCAUCACUCCCCUUCUGAAUCCUGUUGUUUAUAGUCUGAGAAACAAGGAUGUCAAGGAUGCCUUAUCCAGAGUUGUGGGCAGAAAUAUUUCUUAA